CUGGCCACGUGAUAAGCAGGUCAUUGUGUAACUUAUAGCUUCUUGGCCAAGGUUUACAUGAGAAAUCCUGACAGAGCUGAGAAGGGUCGAGGUUACUUAAUAUACUGGCGUCUAAAUACAACACUUGACACGUUCUAGCUGUUUGCACAGAGCCUGCAAUGUCUGUCAGAAGAGUUCUCCAAACACUUCUGAGUGUAGAGCAGUCUGAAGGAGUGGGUGCUCGAGUGCGGCGAAGCAUUGGGAGACCAGAACUGAAAAACUUGGAUCCAUUCUUGAUGCUGGAUGAGUUUAAUGUUUCCAAACCUGCAGGAUUUCCUGACCACCCUCACAGGGGCUUUGAAACUGUAACCUACUUGCUGAGUGGAAGCAUUGCCCAUGAAGACUUUUGUGGUCAUAAAGGAACCAUUUACCCAGGAGACUUACAGUGGAUGACAGCCGGUCGUGGGGUGGUCCAUUGUGAGAUGCCGUCCUCGGAUGAACCAGUGCAAGGCCUUCAGCUCUGGAUCAACUUGAAAAGUUCAGAGAAGAUGGUGCCACCUCAGUACCAGGAAUUGAAGAGUAAAUCCAUUCCGAAAUGUAGCCAUAAUGGUGUUGACGUGAUUGUUAUCUCAGGUGAAUCCCUUGGAGUUAAGUCAAAGAUCUACACACGCACUCCAACAAUGUAUCUGGAUGUUAAACUGAGCAAAGGAGCCAGACAUGUGCAGGCUGUUCCAAAAGGAUGGACAGCAUUUAUUUAUACACUCGCAGGAACUGUCUACCUUGGUCCAGACGAUGAUCAAAGAAAAGUUGAGCCUCACUACACGGUUGUAUUUGAUGAUGGAGAAAAUGUCCAAAUGGAAAAUAAGGAUAGUGAAGUCGCUCACUUUGUGUUGAUUGCUGGUAAACCUAUCAAUGAGCCAAUUGUAAAGCAUGGUCCAUUUGUGAUGACUUCUGAGGAAGAAAUUACACAGGUUUUAGAGGACUACCGAACUGGUAAAAACGGAUUUGAAAAGGCAAAAACCUGGAAGUCGAAGGCUAUUUCUAAGAGUUAAAAAUGAAAUGUGAAGAAUUACUACAUGCAGCACUUUAACACAAUUAAAAUGCAUUUCCUGUUUCUAUUCUAUUUCCUAAUUCUGUAAGGUUAUUAUGCUGAUGGAUUUUAUAACCAGUGUACUGUACUUUAUAUUGCAAAAUAUUAUAGCUCUUUGUUGCAUGUAAAAAAAAUCCAAUAUAUCAAAAUUAAAAGUAAAUGUUUUCUGUACAGUAGCAAAGCCGUGAGGCUGCACCUCACUUGGGGAGAGCCAAGUAAGUCCAGUAAAGACGGAAUGGAAAAUAGUCAUUGGUAAGUAAAUAAGCUAAUUGAAGGCAGCAGCCUCUUCAGUAGAACUGUUUGUAUGGAGAUACCAGGAUCAAAUGGAAAAAUACACCUUUUUUUAUUUGGUGAUAGUUUGUUCUGAUCUAUGCAUGAAUAAAAUGCUUAUUUUAGUUCCAA